UCUGGCUCAGGCGAGAGUCCCAUCUGUAUCAGACACCAGGUCCGAGAAAGGAGCAGGCAUCAUGUACAGCAGGAUUCUACUGAGUGGGCUGCUUUUGGGGUUGACAUGGAGACUCCACGCUGUCCCAGUGGCUACAGAAUCACUCUACCCAACACAGGAGAACUUUGAUCUCAGCCGGUUUUUGGGGACCUGGUAUGAUCUGGCUGUGGCCACAAAGUGCACCCACAUGCAGCACCACAGAGGAGACGCUGCUAUUGGCAAACUGGUGCUGCAGAGGGGGACGGGACAAAAGCUCAAGAUGACACGCACCAAGCUCAAGCAAACCACUUGUGUGGAGAUAACUGGAGAAUAUGAGAUGACUUCAACAGCAGGCAGAUUUCUCUACCAUGUUGCAAAAUGGAACGCAGAUGUAGAUGCAUAUGUUGUCCACACAAACUACAAUGAGUACGCUAUUUUAAUCAUGAACAAGAAGAAACCAACAGGAAGUAGUGUUUCGGUUAAACUUUACAGUCGUUCUAAAGACAUUAGACCUACUAUUGUAGAAGACUUCAAGACGCUGGCCAGAGAACAGGGAAUAAGCGAUGAGUUUAUCAUUAUGAAACAGAACAAAGGGGACUGUGUUCCUGGGGAGCAGGUGAUAGCACCAUCCACUCAGCCAGAGCCUCCGAGAGUGCGGAGAGCUGUGUUUCCCGAAGUAGAAGGUUCUGGUGAUGAUACUGCUCUCUUCAAUGACACUGAGGCCUGUAAGGCAGCUCCAGACACUGGGCCCUGUUUUGGAAUAAAACCACGGUUCUACUACAACGCCACGUCAAUGACCUGUCAGACCUUCACGUACGGAGGCUGUAUGGGCAAUCAAAACAACUUUGAGAACGAGAGAGACUGCCUGCAGAGGUGUCGCACUGAGGCUGUGUGCCGUCUGCCCCUGGUGGCUGAGCCCUGCACUGCACAUUCAUCCACCUGGGCCUUUGACUCCAGUGUUGGGUUGUGUGUCCCAUACAAAACAGGUUUCUGUCAAACCAAUGGUAACAAGUUCUACAGUAAAGCCGAGUGCGAGGAGUACUGCGGGGUGGUGAGAGAUGAUGGAGACCUUCUGAAAGCUAACUGAAAAGAGAAGCUAAGGUGGGCUUCAAACUGACUUGUGUUACACAGGAAAGAAUAUACAACACUUACACAAUAGGCAGCCAGCAUGGAUAUAUUGUGGAAAACAAGUAAUAAAUCAAACUGUAAUUCUUGGAGUGAACAAGUCCUCAUUUUCAGUUUGUCAAGACUAAAGAGGCUAGACAGUGUUGAAGUUCACUGUAUUUUUAAACAUAAUCUUGACAGUAGUAAUCCUGAACAAGAAAGCCAUAAGAACAGUGGCUGGAGGCUGGGACUUCAGAUGAUACACUGCAGGUGGAAGAAAUUUGCAUGAGUAUUUGUUACACAAAUGAUCGCUUCAUGCCAGUCCUCCGGCACAGCCUGGAUUCAAAUAUGGGUCUCGGGGAAAAAAACAAUUGCCCAUCAAAUAUGACUGAAAAGUGAAUUAAUAAGAGUAUUUUGUACAGUAAGAGAGUCAUUUGUUGAUCAUCUACCAAUGGACAGGCCAUUGGCAAAUAGUAGGCCUACAGUCAGUAAAUGGUAUCUUUAUGCCCAGGGACUAUUUGCUUGUUUAAUUGUUGAAUUAUUUAUCUAUUUGGUUAUAACAACAUCAUCAAAUCCUUGCCAUUUGUUGUAACACACAAACCCUACAUAUGUAGUCUUUUCUCAAACAGAAAAGACUCUCUCCCACCUUGUGAUGUCAUG